AUGGGGCUGCCGACCCUGGAGUUCAGCGACUCCUACUUGGACAGCCCGGAUUUCAGGGAGCGCCUGCAGUGUCACGAGAUUGAGCUGGAGCGAACCAACAAGUUCAUCAAGGAGCUCAUUAAGGACGGCUCCCUGCUCAUCGGGGCUCUGAGGAAUCUGUCUAUGGCAGUACAGAAAUUUUCCCAGUCGCUGCAGGAUUUCCAGUUUGAAUGUAUCGGUGAUGCUGAAACAGAUGAUGAAAUUAGUAUCGCUCAGUCACUAAAAGAAUUCGCAAGACUACUUAUCGCAGUAGAAGAAGAAAGGAGAAGACUGAUUCAAAAUGCUAAUGAUGUAUUAAUUGCACCACUUGAGAAAUUUCGCAAAGAACAAAUAGGGGCAGCAAAAGAUGGAAAGAAGAAAUUUGACAAAGAGAGUGAAAAAUAUUAUUCCAUUCUUGACAAACAUUUAAAUUUGUCUGCAAAGAAAAAGGAAUCUCAUUUGCAAGAGGCAGAUACACAGAUUGACCGAGAACAUCAGAACUUCUAUGAGGCAUCACUAGAAUAUGUCUUUAAAAUUCAAGAGGUUCAGGAAAAAAAGAAGUUUGAAUUUGUUGAACCGCUUUUAUCGUUCCUUCAGGGUUUAUUUACUUUCUACCAUGAGGGAUAUGAACUCGCCCAGGAAUUUGCACCGUAUAAACAACAGCUGCAGUUCAACUUGCAGAAUACGAGGAAUAAUUUUGAAAGUACUCGACAAGAGGUAGAGCGAUUGAUGCAGAGGAUGAAAUCUGCCAAUCAAGAUUACCGGCCACCCAGCCAGUGGACAAUGGAAGGCUACUUGUAUGUCCAGGAGAAACGACCUCUUGGUUUUACAUGGAUUAAACAUUAUUGUACAUAUGAUAAAGGAAGUAAAACUUUUACAAUGAGUGUUUCAGAAAUGAAAUCCAGUGGGAAAAUGAAUGGCCUUGUUACUAGCUCACCAGAAAUGUUUAAAUUAAAAUCUUGUAUCCGACGAAAGACGGAUUCAAUUGAUAAACGAUUUUGCUUUGACAUAGAAGUGGUCGAAAGGCAUGGGAUCAUCACAUUGCAAGCCUUUUCGGAAGCUAAUAGAAAACUCUGGCUUGAAGCCAUGGAUGGGAAGGAACCGAUUUAUACCCUGCCUGCAAUUAUCAGCAAGAAAGAAGAAAUGUACUUAAAUGAAGCAGGGUUCAACUUUGUGAGAAAAUGCAUCCAAGCUGUGGAAACGAGAGGCAUCACCAUCUUAGGUCUCUACCGAAUAGGAGGAGUGAAUUCCAAAGUGCAGAAACUCAUGAAUACCACAUUUUCUCCCAAGUCCCCUCCUGACAUGGACAUUGAUAUUGAGCUGUGGGAUAAUAAGACAAUAACAAGUGGACUGAAAAACUACCUCAGGUGCCUUGCAGAACCACUGAUGACUUACAAAUUACACAAAGAUUUUAUUGUUGCUGUUAAAUCUGAUGACCAAAACUACCGGGUGGAAGCUGUACAUGCAUUGGUGCACAAGUUGCCAGAGAGAAACAGAGAGAUGCUGGACAUCUUAAUAAAGCACCUGGUCAAAGUGUCCCUACAUAGUCAACAAAAUCUCAUGACAGUCUCAAACCUUGGUGUUAUAUUUGGUCCAACUCUAAUGAGAGCACAGGAAGAAACUGUGGCUGCCAUGAUGAAUAUUAAGUUUCAGAACAUUGUGGUUGAAAUUCUGAUAGAGCACUAUGAAAAGAUUUUUCACACUGCCCCAGACCCCAGCAUCCCUCUUCCUCAGCCUCAGUCUCGAUCCGGAUCCCGGAGGACGCGUGCAAUCUGCCUCUCCUCAGGCUCCCGAAAGCCCAGAGGGAGGUAUACUCCGUGUUUGGCAGAACCUGACAGCGACUCCUAUAGCAGCAGCCCCGACAGCACGCCCAUGGGGAGCGUCGAGUCCCUCUCCUCCCACUCCUCCGAGCAGAACAGCGCCACGAAGCCUGCCUCCUGCCCGCCCAGGGAGAGGUCUGCCGGGAUCCCUUGGAUUGCGGCCCCAUCGCCCAGCAACGGACAGAAGAGCCUUGGUCUCUGGACCACGAGUCCCGAGUCAAGUUCUCGAGAAGACGCAACCAAAACGGACGUGGAAUCAGACUGUCAGAGCGUCACCUCCGUCACCAGUCCCGGGGACGCGUCCCCACCCAUCGACCUGGCCAAGAAGGGGCCCUAUGGGCUCUCGGGACUGAAAAGAGCCUCAGCUUCCUCCCUCAGAUCCGUCUCUGCGGCUGAAGGAAACAAGAGCUACAGCGGAUCCAUUCAAAGUUUAACUUCCAUAGGUUCCAAAGAGACACCCAAAGCCACGCCAAACCCAGAUCUGCCUCCAAAAAUGUGCAGGAGGUUAAGGCUGGACACCACCUCCAGCAACGGCUACCAGCGCCCUGGCUCCGUUGUGGCAGCAAAGGCCCAGCUGUUUGAAAAUGUUGGUUCAGUUAAGCCAGUUUCUUCUGGACGCCAAGCCAAAGCCAUGUACUCCUGUAAAGCAGAGCACAGCCAUGAGCUUUCCUUCCCACAGGGGGCGCUAUUCUCUAACGUGUACCCAUCAGUGGAACCAGGAUGGUUGAAGGCAACUUAUGAAGGCAAAACAGGACUCGUCCCAGAAAAUUAUGUUGUCUUCCUCUAA